CUUUCUUUCCCCUUCUAAUUCUAUUAAAAGCUUCCUCAGUUAUUUCCGAGAUUUUCAUCCCAAAUCCAAAAUGUCAGAUACACAAAAAGGCUAUCGCUCAUGGCCAAGUAACCUCCCAACCUAUCAUCCGACCAGCUCCGAAGAGGUCCGGAGCGUCACCUACAACAAGAACUGGAAUUACUCUCUUUGCGACUGCUGCUCGCCAGGGUCAUUAUGUCUCACCAGCUGUUGUAUUCCCGGUCUCACCUUCGGUAAAAUGCAAGCUAGACUUCGGAAUCCGACUCUAGAAAAUUACAGUUCUUGUAACGGCGAGUGUGCUAUAUUUACUCUACGGACAUUCACCUGGACCCAAUGGCUUCUUCAAACCAUUCAAAGAGGAAAACUGCGCCAGAAAUACGGCAUCAGGUGAUCCUGUUGUGGUGAUUGUUGCGCGGCCUUCUGGUGUGGGUGUUGUGCACCUACGCAGGAGGAAAAAGAGGUCGAAUUAAGGACGAGGCCGGAGCUGGCGGGGUAUCAGAUGGCGCCGCAGAUGGCUUAC